AUGAUGAGUGGAAGAAGCAGCAGGUUCCCCUUCACUGCAACUCAAUGGCAAGAGCUGGAGCAUCAAGCAUUAGUCUUCAAAUACUUGGUGUCAGGACUCCCUAUCCCACCUGAUCUCCUCUUCACCGUCAAAAGAAGCUCUUCUUCUUCUCCCUGCAGCAGCUUCGACUCCCCACUUCUCUCCUCCAAGCUCUUCCCUUCCCAAUCUCCCCACGUUGGAUGGAGCUGCUUCCAGCUGGGUUUUGGGAGGAAAAUAGACCCGGAGCCAGGGAGAUGCAGAAGAACCGACGGCAAGAAAUGGAGGUGUUCCAAAGAGGCUUACCCAGAUUCCAAGUACUGCGAGAGACACAUGCACAGAGGUAAAAACCGUUCAAGAAAGCCUGUGGAAGUUGCUACUACGACCCUAUCAAUCACCACCACCAACAACAACAACAACUCAUCAUCAUCACCAUCGCCAAAACUCGCCAACCAUUCCUCUCCUUACACUCACACCUCCCUUUCAUUGUUAUCUUCUUCCACGGCUGCUGAUGACCACCACCAUGAUCAUCAUCUUCAGCAAUCCAAUUACCCACAUCCUCCUUCCACUUACAGCCACAAUCACCUCCUUUCUUCGUCUCAUCCAUCUGUCGCUGCUCGGCACCAACCACCUGACUCCACCAGCUUGCUUCUCGACUCUGCUGGGUACUGUUCCCUCACCGCAGCGGAUUUCAGGAGCCGGAGCAUUUACGGGUUGAAAGAAGACGCUGACCACGAGCGCGCAUUCUUCUCAGAAACAUCUGGGUCGAUGAGAAGUUCUUCGGACGACCCAUGGCGGCUGAGCCCACUGGGCAUCAACUCCUCGUCAUCAUCUUCCUCUUCAUCAUCGUCUUCGAAACAGAGGAGCUCGUCCGGGUUACAGAGCGAUUACUCGUAUCUCCAGCUUCAGAGCAACCUGAGCGAGGAGAGUUAUUCCACCAAGCAGAGUAAUAACAGCUACCUUGUCGACGGCAAGACCCAAAAGACGACGGUCCAUCGAUUCUUCGAUGAAGGGCCGCCGAAGAACAAUAAGGAUCAGCCGCCGUCGUGGCUUGAUUUGGACAGCAGCACCAGGCUCUCCAUCUCCAUCCCCAGUUCAUCUUCGCUCGACUUCCCAAUCUUCAACUCCAGAACCCAUCAGCAUCAUUAA